UGGGUGACUGUCACCAUGCCUGGCGCCCAGAGCCGGGCCCGGGCCCGGGACCGCAACAACGUCCUCAACCGGGCCGAGUUCCUUUCCCUGAACCAGCCCCCCAAGGGGGCGCCGGAGCCCCGCAGCUCGGGCAGGAAGGCCUCGGGCCCCUCGGCACAGCCCUCGUGCCCUGGCGAUGGGGCCCGCGAGCGGCGCCAGUCUCAGCAGCUGCCCGAGGAGGACUGCAUGCAGCUGAACCCCUCCUUCAAGGGCAUCGCCUUCAACUCCCUGCUGGCCAUUGACAUCUGCAUGUCCAAGCGCCUUGGGGUGUGCGCCGGCCGGGCUGCAUCCUGGGCCAGUGCCCGCUCCAUGGUCAAGCUCAUUGGCAUCACAGGCCACGGCAUCCCCUGGAUCGGGGGUACCAUCCUCUGCCUGGUGAAGAGCAGCACGCUGGCCGGCCAGGAGGUGCUCAUGAACCUACUUCUGGCCCUGCUCCUGGACAUCAUGACGGUGGCUGGCGUGCAGAAGCUCAUCAAGCGGCGCGGCCCGUUUGAGACGAGCCCCAGCCCCCUGGACUACCUCACCAUGGAUAUCUACGCCUUCCCCGCCGGACACGCCAGCCGCGCGGCCAUGGUGUCCAAGUUCUUCCUCAGCCACCUGGUGCUGGCGGUGCCCCUGCGCGUCUUGCUGGUGCUCUGGGCCCUCUGUGUGGGCCUGUCUCGGGUCAUGAUCGGCCGCCACCACAUCACCGAUGUCCUCUCCGGCUUCGUCAUCGGCUACUUCCAGUUCCGCCUCGUCGAACUGGUCUGGAUGUCCUCCAACACCUGCCAGAUGCUCAUCUCCGCCUGGUGA